AUGCGCGAGAAACAAAUAUACGCAAGACCUCCAGAAUACCCUGAGACCUGGGGAGACGAUGGGCAGUUCUCCCAAAACCAAAACUGGGGUAAUCAAGCCAAUGCUAAUUAUAAUAAUAGCAGAUAUAAUGACGAGGGAAAGCCUAAUCCCAACGCGCAGGUGUUUGAUGAAGCCUUCGAAGUUCCAAAGCAAAAGUUCAACGAUAUUCCCUUUGCGGCCUUGUUUUUGGCCACGGUCGUAGGAUUCAUCGUGGUGUCUGUGAUUUCCAUCAAGGCAUACAAGUCCACAUUCAACUUCCAGGGAACCUCCAUCUACAACUCUGGUAACACCUUCUCGGUGAACACGCAUACGGUGAUCUUGUUUGGGUUCGCAAUUGUAAUUGCGUUGGUGUUGUCCGUUGCUAUCCUCAUGCUUGCGCGUUUCCACGCCAAGAGCUUCAUUAAGUUCUCAAUGAUUUUCAACUUUAUCUUUGGGCUUGGAACAGCGAUUUACUACUUAGCCAUGAGAUACUGGUCGGCGGGAAUUCCCGCCUUGGUUUUCACCAUAAUCACGGGCAUCAGUUAUUGGACCAUGAGGAAGCGUAUUCCAUUCUCGGCUACAGUCUUGGAGAUUGUCAUUGAUGUUAUGAAAGGCCGCCCAAGUACCUUGGUAGUUUCGAUCUUGGGGGCUGUUGUUACCGCUGCCUUUUCGUGUUUGUUUACUAUCUCCGUUGUUGCGACCUACGCAAAGUACGACACCAAUUCAAAUAAUCCAAACUGUACCUCCGGAGGCUGUUCUAGCGGUAAGCUUGUGGGAUUGAUUAUCUUCUUGUUCUUCGCAGGGUACUACAUUACAGAAGUUAUGCGCAACGUCAUCCAUGUCACCAUUUCCGGGGUUUAUGGUACGUGGUACUACUUGUCCAAGAGCGACCAAGGUGAGCCUAAAUUAGCAGCUUGGGGUGCUUUUAAACGCGCUGUUACCUACUCCUUUGGCUCUAUUUGCCUCGGGUCACUCAUUGUUACCAUUAUCCAAAUGUUGAGACAGUUCUGUCAGUUUCUCUCUUCUCCUCAGAACGCCAUGAUCGGGGGACAAGAUGGGAUCGGAGCCGCCGUCAUGGUCGUCAUGGAAAUUCUUGUGGGGUUUGUGGAAUGGGCAGCGAGAUUUUUCAACCAAUAUGCGUUUUCGUAUAUCGCUUUGUACGGGGAGUCCUACGUCCAGUCGGCUAAGAAUACCUGGAAGUUGAUAAAGCACAACGGGAUGAGUGCUUUAGUAAAUGACUGCCUCAUUGGCAGCGCAUUGUUAUUCUAUUGCUUGUUUGUGGGGUACGCCGCCGCCUUAUUCUCGUACUUGUUCUUACGAUUGACGCAGCCAGAAUACAACUCCACCGGGGGCUUCUACGCCCCAAUUGUGGCUUUCACGUUUGUUAUCGCAAUGCAGAUCACUCACGUCGCCACCACAGUGGUCAAGUCCGGUACUUCCACUUUCUUUACCGCUUUGAGUAGGGAUCCGGAGGUGCUUCAAGCCUGUUACCCUCAGAGUUAUAACGAAAUCUUCCAGAACUAUCCAGACGUUGUGAAAAAGCUUAACCCUGUCGGUGUUUGA